AUGAUUCACGCCGUCCUGAUAUUUAACAAGAAGUGCCAACCUAGGCUUGUAAAGUACUAUACUCCUGUCGAUCUCCCGAAGCAGAAGCUACUACUGGAGCAGGUUUACGAGCUGAUCAGCCAGCGCAACAGUUCAAUUCAGUCUUCAUUCUUAAUUACGCCGCCCUCGCUACUAUCGAGUGGUAGUGAAACCAUUAACGAAGAUAUCCAAAUAAUCUACAAGAACUAUGCAACACUCUAUUUUACUUUCAUUGUCGACGACCAGGAGUCAGAACUGGCCAUCUUGGAUCUGAUCCAGACGUUUGUUGAAGCGCUUGACAGGUGUUUUGCGGAAGUUAACGAACUAGAUCUAAUAUUCAAUUGGCAAACUCUUGAGAGUGUCUUGGAGGAAAUUAUUCAAGGGGGUAUGGUAAUUGAAACGAACGUGAAGAAAAUUGUGGAGACCGUCGACGAGCUCAAUAGAACUUCUAACCAGGAAGCCAGGUUUGGGAAUGGACUAGGAAACGCUUUUCAGGCCAUCACCAUGGGUGGCUUUUCAAAUUGGGGUGCGCGGCAGUGA